UAACAUUUUUGCUCAUCUGGCAUUAUUGCCUUCAUGUGUCGUCUGCUAGUCAAAUUGUCAUUAAAAACGAUAGAACACGUUGUGAGCACGCGACAUUUUUCACUUAUACACUCAAUUUGACUUUACAAUAUAUUACAAAUGGCUUUUGAGGUAACAAAUUCUCGAGGUGGAUCUCGUGGUCGAGGCCGUGGUUUUGGAGGAGACCGAGGUGGCGGUCGAGGAGGUUCUCGUGGUUUUCGUGGAGGUGACCGAGGUGGACGAGGAGAUCGCGGUGGUCGAGGAUCUUUCCGUGGAGGUGACCGUGGUUCCAUGAGAGGAGCUUUUAGAGGAGGCAACAGAGAUUUCAAUGGAAGCUCAAGGGGCAGAAAUUCAAACGAAGAAGGACCCCCCGUUUGCCAUGAAAUUGCUCAUGCUCUUCAACUAAGGAUCUCUUACAAAACAGCAGAUGUUCCAUCAGACAAAGAUGUUCUACAACAAUUCCCUGGACUACAUUCUAGAUUCCAAAAAUCUACAGACAACAAAGAUUUUUUUCUUUUGUUCAAAGAUAUUGAAUCUCUUGAAAAAGCUAAAACUGAAUUAGAAAAAGAUGAUGACGUUGAAUCAGUUGAUUACAUGGGUCUAAAAUCAGCGAGAAACCAGUCUAUAGAAAACCGACAGAUAUUCCUCCAAUUUACUUCAGAACAAGAAGAAGAUGCUGUUAAGGAACUUGAUAGCAAUAUUCUUUCUGUAGAAUUUUUGAAAGAUAAAUCUAGUUGCAUGGCAGAAUUUGCAACAGCUGAAGAAGCCAAUGCCUACCUCAAGAAACUACCUGGAAUGAAGGAUCGCGGCGAUCUUAAAUUCGGUCGAGAGAGUACUGCAAUGAAAGUCAAUAACCUCGCAAAGGCUAGCAUUCAACCGAACCAAAUCGUUGUACGUGACAUCCCUAAAAAGGCAACCCUUAAAGAAUUGGCUUCCCUUUACCCAGAUGCUAAUUCAGUGACGCUUUACCAUACAACGUUCCCAUCGUCGGAUUACUGUCAUGCUUCUUUUCGUUUCGGAAGCCUUGACCGAGUUAAGGCAAUUCUAAGCGAAACCAAAAGUCCCAAGAUCCUCGGUAAAAAGGUUUAUCUUAUCCCAGCAUACAGUUGCUUGUUGGCAGACAUGCCAAAGUUGGGCGAAACUUGGACUGGAGACCAGAAAACUGCUGCCAAAUCAGUUGAUGCCGCUUUGGUGAAAGAUUCCAAACAGUCGCCAAGCAAAAAAUUGAAACUGGAGGACGAUGAUAUGAAUGGCGAUGAAGAAGAAGAGGAAGAGGACGACGAUGAAGAAGAGAGUGAUGAGGAGGAAAAUGGCAAAGCUGACAACGAAGCGAACAUGGAAUCUGCUGCUGACCAAGAUGAAGAAAGUGACGAUGACGAGGAAGCCGAGGAGGAAGAAGAAAGUGACGAUUGAAGAGACUAUGUUUAUGUUAACAGAAUCGUCAGAUUUCUAUGUUGUUAACUGUUGGUUUGAAGCACUCAAACGAAAUACAACGAGUAUAACAUCAA